AUGGUCCACCAAACUCGUACUCCCAACAAGGCCAUUCCAGCCAAGCAUCUGAGUCCAAUGCGAGCUGUGGAGGGUCUGGGCGGAAAGUACGCCGUAUCCAGUAGUCCGGCAGACAGCUUUUUACGGAAUUCUAGGCUCACGGUUCAGAGCAGCUCCCACAAGCAAUCGGCAGCCUUCAAAUAUAACCAAAUGGUCACCAACAAUCGGGAUGAAUUCAACGCCCUUCAUUUCUGCUAGGAAGACAAAGCGGCUAGAUUCCGAUUACUGGAGAGGUUAGAAGGGAUGACGGACAGCAGUAUCAAAUACCUAUUACCUGUCAAAAAAUAAUGAAAUAAAUUAAUUCACAAAAAAUUUUCCAAUAA